UUUGCAACCAGUAGCAUUUGGUCUUAGCAAGAGGCGACAUGGGGCUCAAGGUGUUGACUUUCCUUUGCGUUGUAGCGAUUGUGACGGCACAGGUGCUUGUUGAAAAACGUGAUCCAGCUCCUGAGAAGGAUCACUAUCACAGCCGGAAUCAUCUGCAGCGAAAAUUGGAGAAAAAUGCCUUCACCGAAGAGGAGACUCACUCCAAGUAUUGGAACGACGGAGCUCAGGAGACUCUAAAGUUGAAACUUUCUCAUAAAUUGUCUACUAAGAAAGCUAAGAACAUCAUAUUCUUCAUCGGCGAUGGAAUGUCACCGCAGACUGUGGCAGCCACUCGAAUGUACCUCGGUAACGAAAAUGGAUUCCUUUCGUUUGAAAAAUUCCCGCAUCUCGGACAGGUGAAGACUUACUGUGUGAACCGGCAAGUGGCCGAUUCGGCUUGCACGGGAACGGCAUACUUCUCCGGAGUCAAGAUCAGCUACGGCAUGCUGAACGUGGUGCCGUCGAUUCCCCGAUAUACCUGUGAUUACGAAAGGAACAACAUUACCGAAAUCGACGGACUGAUGAAAUGGGCUCAAGAUGCCGGAAAGGCUACGGGAAUUGUUACGAAUACUCGUAUUACGCAUGCUUCACCAGCGGCAAGCUAUGCAAAGAGUGCGACUCGUGGAUGGGAGACUGAUACGGAAGUAGUAGCUGAUAAGUGCGAUCCGGAGAAAACGAUCGAUAUUGCUAGACAAUUGAUGUACAAUGAAGUACCGAAGAACUUCAAAGUGGUGCUGGGCGGUGGACGAAGAAACUUCCUCCCAAAUGAUGUGACCGACGAGGAGGGAUCGAAGGGGUACAGAACGGAUGGAAAGAACCUGAUCCAAGAGUGGUCAGAAGUCCACGACGACAUGGGAGCUUCUUCGUAUGUGUGGAACCGAACUGGAUUGCUUACGGUGGACGUGGAGAACACCGACUAUCUGCUUGGACUGUUCGAAGCCAGUCACAUGAAGUACAAUUUGGAAGUUCAGCAGCAGAAUGCUCCGAGCAUGGAACCAACCCUUUUGGAGAUGACUGAGGUUGCAAUUAAGAUGCUUCAGAAGAGCGCCGAAGGGUAUGUACUGUUCGUGGAGGGCGGGUUGAUCGAUUUGGCGCAUCACGACACCAGAGCUCGCAUUGCUUUGGACGAGACGGCAGAGUUUUCUAUGGCAAUUGAACGCGCACGGAAGCUCACUAGCGAUGAAGAUACUUUGAUUGUGGUCAGCUCGGAUCAUAGUCACACUAUGACCUACAAUGGGUACACGAAACGAGGACAGGACAUCCUUGGCAUCGCGGACAUCAGUUAUCGUGACGGCCUUCCAUACACCACUUUGAGUUAUGCCAAUGGUCCCGGCUAUUCCGACACCUACAAGUCGGAUAACCUAGCGGAACGGGUUGACAUUUCCGGAUACGAUUUCACCGGAAUGAAUCAACGCUACCUGGCGACGGCACCGUUAAGUUCGGAAACUCAUGGUGCUGAAGACGUCAAUGUCUACACAUCAGGACCCCUGUCGCACAUCUUCGUCGGAAACUACGAACAGAGUACGUUGCCGCACCUGAUGGCCUAUGCCGCCGGGAUUGGGGAGUACUUCGUAGAGAAACCAUCGGGUGACGAUGGCGAUGAUAACGGUGCUGCAACGUCCACCACCGUAUCCCUACUAUUGCUGCUGUCUGUCGUAGUGGCAGCGAUGGUUCGAUUUUAGAUAAGACUCGUUAGUACAUUGUACCAUGUGAUAGUAGUCAAAGUGUUCAAUAAAAAAUUUAAAUA